CCGCCUUUCGAUUUCGGCUGCCGACACGCACGGAGAGACACAGACAGAGGCGGAGAAACAGAGGAUCAUAACUGUAAAAGGGUUGAUGGUAAUGUAAUGUGGGUGAUCAGAAGAGAGAGAUUUUCUUAGCUAUUAAGCAGAGGAAUUAACACUUAAAAAGGGGCUAUCAUAUAUACAGCAAGAGAACAGAAGAGAAGAGAAAGAGAUGAAGUGAGAUGGAUGGCCCCCCGGAGAACGAUUGCUGCUCAAUCUGUCACGACAACUUCACCCUUCCUUGCCAAGCCAACUGCUCUCACUGGUUCUGCGGAAAUUGUAUUCUUCGUGUUUGGCAUCAUGGAUCAGCACUUAGUCCUUGUAAGUGCCCUAUAUGUCGUCGCAUCAUAACUUUGGUGAUACCUUGUGAGGCAUCAUUACAGCACCGUCAUGACCCAGAAGUUAGUGGGGUUUUACAAAAUAUUCAAAGGUACAAUCGGUCCUUUGGUGGAGGCACAAAUGGUCUUAUUCAGAAAUUACGGGACCUGCCAUUUUUCCUCCGGAGGUUGUUACGAGAAUUGGUGGAUCCCCAAAGAUCUCUUCCUCUUUUUUUCAGAUUACGCAUGUUUUUGGCAAUGUUAGUAUGUGGUAUCUACAUUCUGAGCCCCAUUGACAUUAUUCCAGAAGGGCUCGUGGGACUUAUUGGUUUAUUCGAUGAUAUCGUCGUAGCUCUCAUCUUUUUCCUCCAUGUUGCUGCUAUGUAUCGCUCAGCUCUCCUUACACGACAUGGAGGUAAUUGAUCUGUGCCAUUAUCAUGUAGUUGUUGUAAUUAAUCAAAGCCAUGAAGGAUUUGUAAGUUUCCAUUUGGAUGUUACAAAAGUAAUACUCAUCAGAGAUCCUUUCAUCUCAUGGAAUCCAUUGGGCUCUCUGAAUUUCAUAUUUCUGCAAAAGACGGUGUGUGAAUGUAAUAUAUGUGAGGUUAAAUGGUUCAAAUUCUCUGUUAAAAAAUUCCCAGUAAAUUUUGUUUUAUGCGA